AUGUGUGACCAUCAGGCGCGAUAUCUCCUACAAGAAAUCCUGGCAAGUGGCGGGAGGUUGUCUACUACGAAGGAAAACGUAUGCUAUCUGAACGAGGGCGACAUCCCUAAACACAUCCCAGCACAUCUGAAUGACGCCAUAAAAACUUUCUCAGGCGAUGUCACGGUAACGAUCUCCAAUCUUAACCGUUAUCUAAACGUCUAUGUUGGAAAAUACUACGACCAGAAUGACGGCUGCCACAUGCCUGAACCAUGCCAAUCCCUGUUUCUUCAGGAGGUAGAAAAGGAAACAACAUCUGCCGAAGAAGCAGGUUGUUCAAUGGACGUUGAAAUGGUGAUAGAACCUGGACAGGGUGGAUCAAAAACCCCUACCAAAUCUGUCCCAGUAUCCCCGUCCAGAACAGUUUUCACCACGCCGUCAGUAAAGCACGCCGAGUCAGGAUCGUCGGGCAGAACCACGACUGGCUCCUGUUUCACUCCCGGAAAAAUGCCUGAAUCCGACAGUGAAGCACGCCUUGAACUAGAAGAAACUGACUCGGCCCUGCUCGACAAAUACUUUGUUGUCCAAGGCAGAAAGCUCUUGGAGCUUUUCAACCUUGGCAGCAGCGAAGGUGAAGCUGGAAAUGUGUGUCUGAAGAUACACCACGGCGCCAUACCACUGAUUGAGUAUGUGACCAAAGGGCCAAAUCCACAGAUAAGAACAUGGGAAGGCCAAGGAAAGCUAGGAAAAGGCCCAAAAGAAAAGCUCUUCAGUGGAACCAGCUUAGCCUGCGCCGCGGCGAUAACAACAGGGGCCCGCUGGACUAAGGUGAACCAUUGGGCAAAAAAAAUGAGCCUGCUCUUGCCCAGCCGCACGGCCUUCUACAAGUUUUUCAAAAGAAUUAGGCCGGCAAUUGAGACAGUCUAUGACCGAUACGAAGCCCGGACUAUUCUAGAUAUAAAGAGCGCAUACGAGAACCAACGGCUCGAAGGAUGGAAUAUCGCGAUUGACGGCGCUUACGAUAGCAGAGGACACAGUGCGGACUUUUGUAAAGUCCUUGCCGUAGAUUUGCAAACGGGACUCUGCGUGCAUACCGAAGUCGUCUACCGUAAAGAAACAGGUGGCAAGAGCGGGCUUAUGGAAAAGAUCGGAUUCCACCGCAUUCUGCGGUGGUUCAGGUCGAUGAACAUUCCACUUCAUUCGAUCUCAACCGACCGGAGCUAUGCGCUCAAAACAGAGGUCGACUCGUACAACGCAGAGUACGAUGCUCACAUCAGGUGGCACGUCGACCCUUGGCAUUUAUCCAAGUGUCUGGACAAAAAUUUGCGAGCUGUUGAAAAACGGAAAGAUUGCGAAGCAAUCCAUGAGUGGAAGGACCAUAUAAAGGCCCACUUAUACCACUCCAUACGACGUGGUGCACAAACAAACAGGGGUGAGAUGAUGAAGUUUCACUUCAACACUUGCCUGUACCACGUCGCAGGCAUACACCAAUGGAGACAGAACGAGCAAACGGGCUGUAUAACCCAAUGCAUCCACGAGAACCUUCCAGACGAACGCGGAAAGGCCAUAGUUGCGUGGGGGAGCCCGUCCCACGAAAGGCUAAAGAAGGUUCUCCUCCAACAGCAAUUUCAGAAGGACAUCAAACUGGCUAGUCCCUAUGGUGGGACUAGCCAGGAGAUGUGGGAACAUAGAAAAACAAUAACCACGUAA